AUGCCCGUCAGCCUGCGCGGAAGUUUCGGAUCCGUCAAGCGACGCCGGCCUGCGCUCUCGCUGAGCAUGAUCAGCCUGGACCUGCUGCGCAACAUCGUCUUCUUCUACUUUGUCCUACGGUGGACACGCCGCCUCUUCUGGAAGCUCAAGGGCCGUGGCCUCAUCGGCGCCAUCCUCGAGCUCUACCGCGACAUUCGGCGCACUCUCUAUGGCUACUUCCUACGCGCCCCGGGCGUCCGCGGCAAGGUCCAGAGGCAGGUUCAGGAGUCGCUCGCCAGCAUGUCGGCCAAGCUCGUGCCCCAGACUGAGACGCGCUACCUGACGCUGCCCAAGGAGGGGCUGCCCGCCGACGCCGUCCGCGCCGAGCUCGACGCGCUGGCCAACAUGGAUCACACCCGCUGGGAGGACGGAUACGUCUCCGGCGCCGUCUACCACGGCGAGGACGGCCUGAUCCAGCUGCAGACCGAGGCCUUUGGCAAGUUCACCGUCGCCAACCCCAUCCACCCGGACGUCUUUCCCGGCGUCCGCAAGAUGGAGGCCGAGGUGGUGAGCAUGGUGCUCAACAUGUUCCACGCACCUCCUGGCGCUGCCGGUGUCUCGACGGCCGGCGGCACCGAGAGCAUUCUCAUGGCCUGCUUGGCCGCUCGCCAGAAGGCAUACGCCGAGCGUGGCAUAACCGAACCCGAGAUGAUCAUUCCGGACACUGCACACACGGCUUUUCACAAGGCUGGAGACUACUUCAACAUCAAGAUCCACAUGGUCGCCUGUCCCGCUCCCGACUACCAGGUCGACAUCCGCGCCAUGUCACGUCUCGUCAACGCCAACACGGUGCUGCUCGUCGGCUCCGCGCCCAACUUCCCGCAUGGCAUCAUGGACGACAUCGCGGCGCUGUCCAAGCUCGCGCUGCGCAAGAAGCUGUGCCUGCACGUCGACUGCUGCUUGGGCUCGUUCCUGGUUCCGUGCCUGGAGAGGGCCGGCUUCGAGACGCAGCCGUUUGACUUUCGUCUCAGGGGCGUCACCAGCAUCAGCUGCGACACGCACAAGUACGGCUUUGCGCCAAAGGGGAACUCGACGGUGCUGUACCGCACGGCGGCGCUCCGGACUUUCCAGUACUUUGUGUGCCCGGACUGGUCGGGCGGUGUCUACGCCUCGCCAGGCAUCGCCGGGUCGCGGCCCGGCGCCCUCAUUGCCGGCUGCUGGGCGAGCCUCAUGUCCGUGGGCGAGUCCGGCUACGUGGACGCGUGCGCCAAGAUUGUCGGCACGGCCAAGAAGAUUGCCGACGCCAUCCGCGACGGGCCCGCGCUGGGCGGCGAGCUCGAGGUGCUGGGCAAGCCACUGGUCUCUGUGGUGGCCUUUUCGGCGCGCAACCUCAACAUCUACGACAUUGCCGACGGCAUGUCCAGCAAGGGCUGGCACCUCAACGCGUUGCAGAGCCCGCCGGCGAUACACGUGGCCGUGACAUUGCCCAUUGUCAAGGUCUGGGAGCGGCUGGUGAGCGACCUCGAGGCGGUUGUGGAGGAGGAGCGGGAGAAGGAGAGGGUGCGACUGGUGGAGGGCAAAGGGGCCAAGGGAAAGGCGGUGGGCGAUUCGGCUGCGCUGUAUGGCGUGGCCGGAUCGCUGCCAAACAAAAGCGUCGUGGUGGACCUGGCGACGGGAUUCCUGGACCUGCUGUACAAGGCAUGA